AUGACACCUUCACUCGAACACGUUUUCACAGUGAGGAUGUAUACAUCCCCAGACAAAGCCCUCGUCAUCCCAGAAGCCAAGGGCAAUAAUCAUCGCAUCAUCGCCUUCUUGACGCACGGCCACAUCAAAGGUAGUGGUUUUGAGGCAGAACUUCUCCCCGGCGGCGCCGAUUGGAUUUUGCGUGAUCCUGACACAAAUACUGGACAUCUCGAUGUCCGAGUUCAAUUCCGAUCGAAGGAGGGCCAUGGUAUUUACAUCCACUUCAAGGGCGUUCUACAGAUUGAUGAAAAGUGGAUGGAGGUCUUCACCGGGGGACCAAAGGCACGAACUCUUGAGUUUGGAGAGAAUGAAUGGUUGGGGUCUCCCAUCAUUGAGACAAGCCAUCCUGACCUAAAAUGGGUAGAGCGGUCUGCUUUCGUCAGUGAGCUCCGGUGGUUUAUCGAUGAAGAUGGCUCUGUUGCUGUUGAGAAUGCUGUUUACAAAGUCAAGCCUAGCAAUGGUUAA